GAACAACAAAAGUGGUAAAAUAAAAACAACAAACACAUUUCAUUUUUCAAUUUAUUGAACAAAUAAUAGUAAUAAAAAUGGUUUCAGAUGCAGGUCUAGAAACCUCGAGGCGGUUUCUAGCGACAUGGUUGAUCGGAGGUCUGGUUGCCGGCGUUUCACUGGUGGCGAUAACCGCCGUUUGGCCGGAAUACUCACCGGUAAACAUUGCCGGAAAGAUAAAGAAGAAGAAGAAGAAACCUGUACGUGUAUACAUGGACGGUUGUUUUGACAUGAUGCAUUACGGUCACUGUAACGCACUCCGGCAAGCACGUGCGUUAGGAGAUCAGUUGAUUGUUGGCGUUGUUAGCGAUGCUGAAAUCACUGCUAAUAAAGGUCCUCCGGUUACACCUCUUCAUGAAAGGAUGCUUAUGGUUAGUGCUGUAAAGUGGGUUGAUGAAGUCAUUCCCGAUGCACCUUAUGCUAUAACCGAAGAAUUUAUGAGGAAACUGUUUGAUGAAUACAAUAUCGAUUACAUCAUUCACGGAGAUGAUCCAUGCAUUCUUCCCGAUGGAACUGAUGCAUACGCCCUUGCGAAGAAAGCCGGUCGCUACAAACAAAUAAAGCGUACGGAAGGAGUAUCAAGCACAGACAUUGUUGGACGGAUGCUUCUUUGUGUACGAGAACGCACUAGUAGUGAGAGCCCGAGUCAUGCUUCGUUGCAGAGACAAUUUAGUCAUGGUCAUAACCAGAAACGUGACGAUGGUGGCUCCGGCAGUGGGACCCGUGUUUCUCAUUUUCUUCCUACAUCUCGCAGGAUUGUUCAGUUUUCUAAUGGAAAGGCAGCUGGACCUAAUGCUCGCAUAGUUUAUAUAGAUGGUGCAUUUGAUCUGUUCCAUGCUGGACAUGUGGAGAUUUUAAGACUUGCUCGUGGGCUUGGAGACUUUUUACUUGUUGGGAUUCACACAGAUCAAACUGUAACUGCGAAUAGAGGAGUACACCGUCCAAUCAUGAAUCUCCAUGAACGAAGCCUAAGCGUUUUGGCUUGUCGGUACGUUGAUGAAGUUAUUAUUGGUGCUCCAUGGGAGAUUUCAAAAGAUAUGAUCACAACCUUCAAUAUCUCUUUGGUUGUUCACGGGACAGUAGCGGAAGAUGAUGAUUUUGAAAAGCAUGAUCGGGAUCCUUACGAAGUUCCAAAAAGUAUGGAGAUAUUUAAAUUGUUAGAAAGUCCUCUGGAUAUCACUACAAGCACAAUCAUAAAAAGGAUUGUAUCGAAUCAUGAGGCUUAUCAGAAACGCAACGAACGGAAGGGAGAAAGUGAGAGAAGGUAUUAUGAGAGUAAGAGUUACGUAUCUGGUGAUUAAUUCAUACAUACACAUUUAAGCAUAUCAUAUAGGGUAUGUAUGUAGCUGAGUAGCAAAAACACCAAUACAAUUUUGUAUUCUUCACUAUAAUAGCCUGUAGAUUUAUGGAGCUAAAAUUUGUUUCUUUUAAUCCCCAAAGUAUUGUGUUGUCUUUAUAAUAAUGUUAAAGCUAUUUCUAGUGGUUUUAUUUAUCUA